AACUGCUUCAGUCGGCCUUAAACUACUCUAUUUCUAUUCUUCUUCUCACCAACAUACUUACGGUGUGCUUCGCUAUCUUCGUCGCUUCUGUGAUGUUACAGAGUGAUGGUGGCCUGAGGAAAGCCAUGAAAACAAUAACUUCGAUUCCCACCUUGUUAUGUGAGACUGGAAUGUUCUGCAUAUUUGGCCAAAUGGUUGUAGAUCAGAGCGAGAGACUGGCUCGGUCGGCCUACAGCUGCAGCUGGGUUGACGCUGACGCCCGUUUCAAACGAGCGCUCCUCAUACUCGAGGCGAGAGCAUCGCAGCCCCUGGAGUUCUCCGUGGGGAAGCUAAUUAAACUCUCCAGGGAGACAUUUUUGAAGAUUCUGAAUAGUUCGUACACCCUCAUCAGUCUCCUGUAUCAGUUCCAAGUACCAAAAGAUUGAAACAGCAGAGAAGAACCUAUGACACAGCAAAAAGAAGUAUGCAAGGAAUGCUUCAAGUACAGCGAAAAUUUACAAAUAACUUUUCAUCACAUUGCAAACAGAGCACAUCAUUAGUAACUGAUUAUUUCAGACACAU